AUGCCCAAGAAGUAUCAACAGCGGGCGCUCUUGACCAAGCCUCAAUCCAGCACUCCACAUACCUUGUCACUGUCCAAGUCGUCCGGGACUCGAGCCCAGAAUGCAGCGGCACAGCCCUCAGUCAACGAUCUCAUUCGCGAGUCGCGACGCCUUCAGCUGAGAAACGAUUCACGCCCCCCUCCUGUAACGAAUGCCUCAUCCAUCCCUCCUGCUGUAAGAGAAGUCCUUGACCUCCCGGCCCCUCCGCCGCCGGCACCCAGGCUGGGCACAAGAUUUAGCGGACCGAGUCGUCUGCGCCGAAUCCCAGGGCCUCCGCCGCCGCGCAGUUGGUUGACAGACAGUAUCCAUGCACCCAAGUCGGUGAGCUCUUCGGACGCUGAUGGCAACAACCGUCGACUUCAGCUCCGAACAAGUAAUCUACCGGACGGUGUCUUCCCACCGGAUGACUCACUCCAGCACAUGGUGUUGAGGAAGAUUGCAACCAACUGGGCCUGGCAUGCGGAACAUGACUACGACUAUCUAGGGCUCCUACCUACGACGCUGAAAGAGACUUUAUUGAGCUAUCUUGCGGUGUAUAACGAUGUCCCCAUCAAUCCCCUUCAACCGUUGUUCCUGGACGCGGGAGAACAGGACGACCGCGAUGAAGUGCAUCGCUUGGACCUCAGCAAUGGAUUAGGGACAUGGACCACGUUCAGACAACUGGAAAAAGAACUCUUCCAGAAGACUGCUGCGCCGACCCCCGCAGAAUCAAGAGGAGAGUCUGAGAACCCCUCGUCUUCGCCGAUCCCGGACAGCUGGGAUGCCAUCGACGACAACGAAGAGGUAGAAAACAUGGGCUUAAGCCCAGGACCUCGGAUUAUGCCAAACUUCAAGAAUUUGAACCAUCUCUCGCUGGCAAUCUCUCCCACUAAUGCCAGGGCAGCCUCAUGGGCCUCUCUCCUGUCGCUGGCUACCGAACUGAGAACGUUGACCUCUCUAUCUCUCGCAUAUUGGCCGCAGCCCACGUUUACGCCCAACGCAGCAUCCACCAGAACAGUUGUCAGGACUCCAGGCUCGCCGCCCGUUGUAUAUGGUGGCUCGGAUAUGUACAACUCGUACGACAACAACUGGAGGGAAGCGGCAGGGAUACUUCGCACAUUGAGCAGAUCGCUGUACUGUCUGAAAUGGCUGGAUCUGACCGGUUGCGGGGAUUGGUUUGGAGCGCUGCAGUGGAGGGGCCCGUCCCUAGAUUCGUCUUCGCUUGGACCCGAGUGGAAUGCAGGAUGGAGGGGACUGGAAACUCUCAUUCUUCAAGUGGGUUGGAAGCCGGUCCCGCCAACGAUGGAUGAUAUUCCGACUGAACCGGAUCAGCCAUCUUGGAACGUCGAGAACGAGCGGAAACUUUAUCGUUACAGCAAAGAGCGGGAACGCUUCGCCGAGAUCCGUAGCACUGCUCAGUCUGUUGCACGGUAUUUGCGCUCGGUACGAAAGGACGCCGGGGGCAAGUGGAUCCACGUAGACUGCGGAGAAGAAUUGGCCACCGAGGAAUACAUGCUACACUCGUAG